CUUUUGGAGUAUCUUUCUUCUUUAGCUCCUCCUUUAUCUUAAAACUCAAAAAAAAAAAAAAAAAAAACCUCAAAAUCUUCAUUACUCUUACAUUUUACAACAUACAUUAUACAUACACUUAUCAACUUACCUAAAAUUUAAUAAUGUCAAAAUAUCCAAAUAGUUGGAUAAAAGUACUGGGAAGAUGGGAGAAUAGUAAUGAACUCCCACCACUAGUGGGUCCACCUCCACCUCGUGUGGAGGUAGACCCAGAGCGGUAUAACCACCGCUCGUUAGAGACAUUAGUAGUUGUGUUAGCGGUGAUAACGAUCGUGGCGGUGAUAGCCGGGAUCAUUGCACGGUUGUGCGGAGGAAGACACCUUGGUGGUAAUGGUGACCAUGAUAUUGAAGGAUGGGUCGAAAGAAACUGUAGGAGUUGCCUCGAUAGCGGCCUUCCUCCGCUGCCACCACCGCCUCCGCCACCAAUGGCGGCUGCUUCGCCGACGCCUCCGCCAGCAGCUGCUGAGGAAGAAAAGAAGUGAGUCAUUUAUCAUCAAUGUUUCAUGUUAUGUAAUGCUGAUUUUGUAAUUUUUUUUAUGUUGGGUGUAUUGGGAAAUGUAGUAUUUGUAACUUCAAAUUUGUGGGUUUUUUUUAGGAUGGGGGAGAAAAUAGUUUUUUUUUAUUGUUUAUAAUAAAUUAAUUUUUCCUUGAUUCGCUAAAAAUAAAUAUAUUUAUUAUUUAUUUUUAAAUAAAUUCUCUUUGUUGUGAGAAAUGGUCUCUUGGAGAGACGCGUUAGAUGUAUGGGCUAAAUAACCUAAUUAAUACAAAUUAAAGAGAAAAUAAAAGUGUGGCCUUGUGGCUUUCUUGUUUUGAGGUCUAUCUUUUUUAGAGACAGUCUCGUACAAGAGCAGCCGAAGUUAGUCAACCUAUUGUUUAUAAAAAUCUUUACUUCUUUGUAAGUCAAAAAUUUAUU